GGACGGUCGUAUUGGUGGAGUUUGUCGUUUUGCUAAAUCCAAUGGCCUCAAACUGUCCAGCAAACUCAUCCGCAUUACCAUCUCUCUCUCCCUCAAAAAAAUUCCCCCAUUCCUCUCUUCUGUCACUCUGCACAAAAAUCCUGCCGGUCCCAUAACCCAGGAUCGAGGAGGAACUAACGAAAAAAAGUUCUGACCUCUUCAACACAUGGCCACGUUACUCCGAUGGCGGCCGAUAACCACUCCCACUACACAUUCCUUCCACCACCAACCAUCGCUUUCCAGCUCUACUCUCCGUACCGGAGCUUCCCCACUUCAUCAUCACUCCCGUCGCCGGAGCCUCACCAUCGCCGCGGCGGCGGCCGCGACAGAGACGAUCCCGAUGGAGCAGCAACAACAGCAGCAGCUUAAAAAGGGGAUCGCCGAGCUCUACGACGAGUCUUCCGGGCUGUGGGAGGACAUUUGGGGAGAACAUAUGCACCACGGGUUCUACGAACCCGACUCCCGGGUUUCCGGGUCGGAGCCCGACCACCGUGCCGCCCAGAUUCGGAUGAUCGACGAAUCCCUCCGCUUCGCCGCCGUCCCAGAGGAGGCAGAGGAGAGGCCAAAGAAAGUUGUGGAUGUAGGGUGUGGGAUUGGAGGAAGUUCCAGGUACUUGGCUAGGAAAUAUGGAGCCAAGUGUCAGGGGAUCACUCUCAGUCCUGUUCAGGCACAGAGAGCCAAUGCUCUAGCAGCUGCUCAAGGUUUAGCUGACCAGACAUUCUUCCAAGUUGGGGAUGCUUUGGAUCAGCCAUUCCCAGAUGGGGAAUUUGAUCUGGUUUGGUCCAUGGAGAGUGGAGAGCAUAUGCCUGAUAAAGCCAAGUUUGUGGGUGAGUUGGCUAGAGUUGCAGCACCAGGGGCCACCAUAAUAAUCGUGACAUGGUGCCACAGAGAUCUUGGGCCUACUGAGGAAUCCUUGACCAAGUGGGAGAAAGAUCACCUUGAUAAAAUCUGCAAGGCUUACUAUCUUCCUGAAUGGUGCUCCACUUCUGAUUAUGUCAAACUGCUCCAAUCCCUCAAUCUCCAGGAUAUAAGAACAGCAGAUUGGUCUGAGAAUGUUGCCCCAUUCUGGCCAGCAGUUAUCCGGUCCGCCCUCACAUGGAAAGGCUUCACUUCCCUCCUCCGAACCGGUAUGAAAACCAUCAGAGGAGCAUUGGUGAUGCCAUUGAUGAUAGAAGGAUUCAAAAAGGAUCUUAUCAAGUUCUCCGUUAUAACGUGCAGAAAGCCCUGAAUUCAUACUCUUGCCACGUUAUAUUUUUUGCUGCUUGGGAAAGAUUGGUGCAGCAGGUAUACAGCAACAGGGAACACUUCCAUAAACAAAUAGGGAAUUUUGUACUUUGUAGUACUGAAACAGGAAAGCAGUUAGUGCAUUGGGAAUCAAACCGAUUGAUGGAACUAUACUUCAGGGCUGCAAUGAUCAAAACAAACAUUUCUCAGCUUUUCUAUGCUAUCCAGAGAAUGGCUGCAAAAUUUCUUCUGCUACUUGAUGAUGAUAUCUCAACUUUUUUUAUCUAAUUAUAAAUCCUUGAUCUGUGCCAUGCAUCAGUUAGUUUCGUGCUAAGAAGUUGGCUUCUUUCCAAUCAUGCUCAGCACUCAGAUCAUCAUUUCCAAAUUCACAGUAUAGUAAAGCUUUCUUGGCCC